AUGCUCGUCCGACCUCGGCCAGGGCUCCAGGAGCAUGGCGUCAGCACCUUUGACGUUUCCGAUGAGAUCGAGACGCUGGCCAACGAGGCAUGGGAGCCUAUGCACCACCAACAGAAGAAGCAGCACAACUCAAUACCGCAAUCCCCAUCUGCAUCAGGUUCGAGCUUCGCAAAGCACAGCCGUGAGUCGACGACGGCUAGCAGCGUGCCAAGCAGCAACAGCAACGGCAGCACAGACUUGGCUAGCUACACCUUUAAUUCUGCGCUGCGAUCAACAAUUCGAUCCUCUUCAUCCUCGUCGAUCUCCUCGCUGGCAUCGACAUCCGGUCUGGACAUUGCGCCGGCCAUCUUCGCCGCGAUUGAGGAGCUUCGAGAGUCGCCUGGCGAUGGAGCCCUCGUCAUCGGGUACGUCGAGGUAUCGCGCUCGCCCUUGGACUCUUUGCCUACGAGCCCAGAGCAGAGCCCAGCAUUGGACGAAGGAUCCUUUGACACGUCGCCGCGUGCUUCCCCACUGGUCCACCCGUCGAGCAAUGUCAAGAAGCAAUUCAAAUUCGAGGUGUCAGCUCAAUGCAGUGAUGGUGACGUUGUAGCAGCUGCGAGGCAGUCCGCCAAGCCUGGCCAGCCACAGGGGCUCGUAAUCAAGGUAGCCGGCCGUACACUCUUCUGUCACGUCCUUCCGUCGACCCUUGCUGGCGUUCGCAAAGCAAGGGCUCUCGUCCAUGGCAGGAAUCUAAUCAGCGCACUUCAAGGCAGCUACGAUGCUUCAACGACCGUCUCGUCCAUCGAAGAGGUUACGUUGCAAAGGGUCCUCUCUGAGCUGGACGUCAAGUCUGAGGCCUAUGCAACGCAUCGUCUCGCUCAGCCGAUCAAAGAUGCUGCCAGCAUUUCGCCGCCUGCGCGAGGUGGCAGUAAGGAGGAAGACGCUCCGCCGCCCCUGCCACAAAAGGACGAACAUCCCGCCCGCACACGACCAAGCUUAACUCUGCCAGGCCUCAGCAGUUUGAAUUCGCCGCAGCUGCUCGUCUCGCCCUCCUCCGAGCAACCGACAGGCAGAUCGCCCAUCGUAGCGACGAAUGACCUUCAGGAUCUGCAGGAUAGGUGGUCACAGAGCAACGCCAGUGGUCGCUUGACUGGCUCAGAGAGUCUGGCAGGAUCCUUACGCAGAGAUCUGGAAACUCCAAUCGACGAUAACCGCAGCAGCAAGAGUGGAAGGAGCGGCAUUCUCGCAGGCUAUUCUCUCGUACCGGCGAGAUGGAGUCAGAGUACCGCGAAGGCACUCACUCCAGCGCAGCCGUCCGCAGCUGAUGAGGACAAUCGAUCAGUCGUCUCCUCGAGCCACUCGCGCACCCCCUCGCCGCGCUCAAGAACCCAAUCGAUUCUGCAGUAUGACCCGUCGCAGGAGCGAGUCAUCAAACACCCCAUCGACAAGCCUCUGCCUGUCGUGCAGGAGAAGGGCGAGUCCAUCCUAGGCAGCCGUAGCUCCAUAGCGCCUUCCCGCACGCCCCGCACCUCCGCUGCGCUCCUGUCAUCGAGCUCACACGACCAUCAUGCUGCGGCGGGCGAGUCACUCCUCUCCAUGCCCAAUCCACACUCCCGCAAAGAGUCGAUGUGGAUCCGCUCGUCUGGAAAUAACAGCGCCGCUGCCGAUGUGGAUGAGGCUGAGCAGCAGGCUCGCAAUGACUUUGCCAGCUUUCUCGCGGCGGAGAAGGCACGAGUUGCUGAGCUGGAACGCGAAGACGAGAGGAGGAGACAGCGACGCAAGCAGAGAGAGGACGAGAAGAAGAGACAAGACGUGCUUAAAAGGCUUGAGCAGGAGCAACAGAGGCAAAAGCGCGGCUCCCCGACUCCAACAAAACUCGGUCCACCGCCUUCCGAGCCGCUCCCCACUGCUCCUUCCAAGGCAUCUUCCACCGCCAGGUCAAAGUCUGUUGCCUCGACUGCAGUAUCGAGUACAGCUCCUAGCAACCGCGCCAAGGUCUCUGACAGAUCGCAGGCAUCUGCCGGCGCAGACAAAAAGCAUCGUCCCGAGCCUCUGAAGCUCACAAGCAGCAAUAUGCCGACGGCCAGCCUGGGCGGCAGUGUGGAUGCGGCCAUGACCCCACGCGUGAGGAGCGCUUCAGCGGGAAUCAAGAGCAGCGGCAGCGGCACUUCCAGCUAUCAUCAUCACCGUGUCCCAAAGACACCGGGCAGCAGCGGUGACGACCACAAGCCCACUGGGCGUGGCUCGAGUGACAAUGUCGCAGAACACGCUCAAGCCCUCCUCGAGGCAAGGAGAGAGCGUCGCGCCAUCCGCGAAGAAGGGUCGUCUGACGGAUUAAGCUGGGUGUCGAGACAUGGGUCGCGCAACUUCAGCCCACGCCAGGUGCGGGGUGAGGACGAGUUCGAGGAUCUGAAAGCGAAACCUACUGCAGCAUUCAGGCCUUUUCAUGAGGCGGUGACUUCUGCGGUUAGUGAUAGGGGCAGCUUUCAGUACUCUCUGGUUACAAUUCCGGCACCAUCGGUCAUCCUGGCCGAUAAAGAUCUGCCUGUUCCCCCGCCUCUUUCCCCAGCGGCUGCUAGGGCAUUGAGUGGCGAGACAGGCAAUGGUGACGCCAUCACCGGAGCUGAAGCACACACGCCUAUGGACGCCGCCUCGACCAGCAAGAUCCUGAGCCGCGGCGAGCUAGCGGACGAGGCAAGGCGCAGGGCCUUGGCUGCUGAGCAGGCUGCGCUGGAGCAGAUCAAGGUGGCGAGGCAGUUACAGAAGCGACUGGAAUUCGAGCUUUCCGAAGUCACCCGCCGCGAACGAGAACGCAGCGAUGCCGAGCUAGCGGCACGAGCUAAAUGGGCUCGCGAGCAAGCCAAACGCAAUGCCCUCGAUGCAUUUGAGCGCUCCAAGCUCGAGCACGAGGAACGCACUCGCCGGCUCCGUGUCGAGUCUCAACAGGCGGAGGAGGCUCGUCGAGCCUCUCAGGUCAAAGUCGAGAAGGAGCGAGCAGAGCAACAGGAGCGCGAGGCAAUCGAGGAGGCGAGGCGGCGCAAGGUGGAUUGGCAGAGGAGAGAGGCCAAGUUAAUCGAGGAAGGAGAGGAGCGCGAUAGGAGGGAGGCAGAGAGGAGGGAGAGGGUACGGCGCUUGGAGGAGAAGAGGGAAGCGAUGAAGACUGAGAUGAAGGAGAGGAUCGAAGGAGGAGAGGCAUUGCUUGUUGGGGUGGCGAGGGCCCAGCUUGGGGAGAGUGGGCCAUGGCGAACCCGCUUUUUUGAGCUUCGCUCAGACGGCAUUCUCUUCUUCAAGGAGGACAAGGAUCGCAUUGAGAACCAGCGACAAGGUCUCCCCGCUGAGCGAUUGGAGUUCUGGCGCCUGGCGAACCGGCGCGUGCAAGAUGACUUUGAAGAGUGCCAGGCGCCGCAUAGCUGCUCGCUCGUCUUCGAGGACGAAGAGGCCGACAACGGAGACACUGGUGCUGUCAUGGAGGUGACGAUUGCAUUCCCGACCGAGGACAUCAAAGAGCGAUUCGUGGCAGGCUUUGAGUUGGCGGUCAAGGAGGAGGUGCAGACGUAG